CAGUACCACCACCGCGUGCAUGCUUGUCGGGUGGACAUUAGCCACGCCAAUCACAAUCCCUAUUCUUGUCUGACGUCACCAUGCUGUGCAACUGCUAGUGCAACUGUUAGCUUUAAAGUUUUUUUUGAGGAUUUUAAUAGCCGAAUCUUAAAAUGGGCAUCACAGUACCGACCUAUGAGGUUGCGGCUAUUAUCACAGCCCUUGUCAGCACUGCUCUUGUGUUGUUUGUCGGACUUUUCGUCUGUUGGAAGUAUCCGUUUUGUCGCUCCAGGACUUUCUGGGACAAACAUGCAAAGAAGCUCGUCAGGAAACUAUACAGUAGAUUCCACCGAGAGAGGGAAAAACCUGAGGAUACCCGAAGUCUCGUGAUGGGGCCAUUACUUCGAAGGAGACAGUCGGAACAGACCAAGUUUGUGGUACCACAGAUUUUUGUCGACUAUGGUAGUAGGAGGACUUCCUAUGCAUCCGACUAUGUGCGCAGGUGCUCUGCAGAAAGCGGAAGUAGUCGAAGGACAUCUUUGGCGUCUGUUGACACAGACAGGCGUGGUUCCGGAAGUAGUAUUAGCAGCAGGCGGACGUCGCUAGCGUCGGACGCGGACCGCCGCGGGUCGGCGUCCAGUGUUUGUUCAAGACGUACGUCACUAUUAUCCUCUGAAUGUCCGUCUAGACGAGGGUCUGGAAGUAGCAAAAGUGGCAUUAGUAGCCGGAAAAGCUCGGACGCCAGCAGGUUUGGUGAUACCGACGAACUUCUGGCAGAUUUCUCCGACUCGGAAGUCAUAGAAGAGGAGUUUCUAGAUGAGUUGCAAAAGCAGGAAGUGCGCAGGUCCAGCCUCGAGGAGGUGUCUUCCGGUAAGACAGGACAGGAAAGGGAGAAGAAGAAGCCGUACCGACGAAGUCACUCAUUGGCGGAAAUCCGGCGGCCUACACACGUGUUCUUACCCGAAGGUAGGGGGCGUGGUGACAACCGAAGGGUCACUCUGUCCUCCUUGGUGGUCAGUAGUAUGAAUGCACUUGACCAUACCGUAAAUCCAGUUGGACCAGCGUAUCACCCGAGGAAGAAAUCGAAAAACAGGCCUGGUAGUAUUGGUCUGCCUGAUCGCCCAGUUGUGAUGCAUGACCUUAACCUUGAGGAGAUGAUGGUACCGAGACAGGCCCCUCAGCAACAGCCCACUGGUAGACUCAAAGUCCAGUUUCAGUUUAAUGCCAACCGUACAGCACUGACAGUUAUAGUCAUAGAGGCAGAGAAUCUACGUAUAGCCGAUAUGCCAUGUGACAGCGAGAUUAACCCUUACGUCAAAGCCUUCCUCGUCCCUGGUAGAACUUUCAAAUACCGCACUAAAACACUUCCGAAAACAAAGACCCCAGUCUUUCUUGAAAAGUUCACGAUAUCAGACCUUGUGCCAAGUGACUUAAGUGACGAUGCUGCCAUGGAAUUUCAAAUAUACUCAUCACAUCACGUAUCCCGGCGUCAUCUUGUAGGCGUGGCUUCGUUUCUUCUCAAGGACGUUCCCAAACUCGACAACGGCUUGGUAGACCUUACAAUUAUGCCACAGACGGUGUUUAGGUUGCACCAAGGAGAUAUCCGGAUAUCUGGUUGUUAUCAACCAGUGGCCGGCAAGAUUGUGUUUAAUGUAUUGGAGGCUCGCAAUCUUCCCCGGGUAUCGUUGUUAGGGGCCAUCAAUCCUUACGUCAAGGUAGAGAUGUAUGUCAAUGGAAUGAGGGAAGCAAAGCAUAAGACGAAAGUUCGUCAGAAUACACAGGAUCCUGUAUGGAACCACCCAUGCGUUUUUGAAAUUAAUCGUGAAAAUCCCAAGCUGCUAGGCCACGUGUUUGUAUUCCAUGUUAUUCACAAAGACAUGAUGAUGGGCAUACAGAAAAUAGGCCAGGUUGAGUUGGGCUGGUACAGUCACGGAGAACAGUUGGACCAUUGGUAUGACAUAAUGGAACACCCACAUCGACCGACUGAUUACUGGCAUCCUGUCAUCAAGACGAGCAAAAUCAUGUCAUGACCUAUGACAGAAAAACUGAAAUAAUGUCAUGGAGUAUGACAUAGAUAUAUACACAUCAUGGUUCCAUUCCAUCCUUUUCGUGUAUACAUGAUAUUGUAUGAGGACUUAAAUUUACAAUGAAUAUCACUGUGAACUACAUGAUAAGCAAUACUGGCUAUUGCAUGACGUCAUUAAUGAACUUUGCCCUAAAUGUAUAUAUUGGUUCCGGAAGUGACGUGUCGUCAGUAUUCCCGCCCAAACCCCAGUAGUGUAUAUAAGAGUUUAUGGUGUGGACGGUGCGGUCUCAAUAAUAAUUAUGUGGAUCAUUUGUUGUCGAUCCAAAUUGUGAUAGUUACAUUCCCGAUCAUAUGUUGUAAGUAAAGUUGUUCAUCCUUUGUACAUAUUAUAUAUAUACAUAUAUAUAUUUAUCGCUAGCUGAGCCAAACACGAACGAAGUGCAAAUUAUAUAUCUAUGUAACUUAUUAUUAUAUGUACAUAUAUAUGUUGAAAGUAUGAUACAGAAAUAUGUUGUUCAAGGUAGUGAAUAAUGACUAACAGAUUAUAGCGGUUUAUGCCGUGAAACAUGAUUAGGGGUAACUGUGAUACUUUGCCUAGAAUUAUGAAAGAUGACUUAGUGGAAGAAGAGAAACUGCAAUACUUUGCCAUGAACUUUGACCAGAGACUGGACGCAUUGAAAUAUCAUUAAAGGCAGAAAUCAAUUGUAAUACUCUCGUGACGCAUAACGCAAGUGUCUAUAAAAUUAAGCCAUGCAACCUGACUUGGGUAGCUGAAAUACUAUGCCCUGAGACAUGGCUAAAAUAUAUUUCAUUAAUUUUAUGUAGAAAGCCAUUGUUCAAUAUGACUGAAAAUUUAAUAACAAAACACGUUAAGGACGGCAUACUAUCCUUAUAAUCAAAUAUUGUAAUAUACUGAUAUGGAGAUAAUGGCUAGUUAUCAAAUUGCGAUGCAUCGACACACAUUCAAAUAAGAGAUAAAUAAAUAUCAUUUCUUAUCAUUUCCAAUAACAAAAUAUAUCAAAACACAAUAGUUGAAAUGAGGUAAUGUAUGUGAAACCCGAAAAUGUUAAAUAUUAACUUUAAAGUGACAGGGAUACUUAUUUUAAAAUAUGACCAUUUAAUCAUACAGAGAGAAAAUUUAUACGCCAUGUCAUGAAAUUGCACAUGCCUGCAUACUUUUUUAGAGUGAUGAGAUCAGUCCGUAGUAUGGUUGGAAUCAAAAUCUGUAGAGAUUCCAGGGAUCAGAAUUUGUAGAGAUUGUUUGGGUCAGCGUAUGUAGAGAUUGUUGCAAUCAAAGUCUGUAGAGCUCGUUGGCUCUGGUUGCCAGGCUGUGUGUGAAGCAGUUUAACGUAGCAAUUGUGAUGUCGUGUAGAAUUUUAUCGUUGUUGGUCCUCUCGGUAUCGGUGACAGAUCGGCGGUCAGCUGAUCUUGGCAGGUCUGUUUUCCAUGUCCGGCGCGUUAAUUAUCUGGACAUCAGAACUUGACACAUGUGACACAUUCUAUCGCUGUUCUUGGUACAGCGGCUGAACUACUAUGGGUGUAAGAUGUUAGUGCAUGUGGGUGUUUCUGUCGUUAGUUAUUAUAAUGAAAACAACUGAUCUCAAAUGAUAAACUAUGUUAGCGAGCGAUAACAAUAAGGAGUUGGUUAGUGGCUAGACUUUCGUUAUGAGAGAGAGAGAGACAAACAGACAGACAGACAGAGAGACAGACAGACAGACAGACAGACAGACAGACAGACAGAGACAAAGUGACAGAAAGAGAGACAGAUACAGAGACAGACUGACAGACAGGCAGACAGAGAGAGUGACAGACACAGAGACAGCCAUUAUCUGGUCACUGACCUUGUGGUGAUAGUGGAUAAUUUUACUCAUGAAUUAGUCUGAUAAGCUUGCAUUAUCGCUUCUCCGUUCUGAUAUCAAUACAAAUUCUAUCAAGGGUAUAAGCUUUCAUUGAUGUUGGUAGGCAUAUUCAGGAUAUGAUCGAUAUGAUAAAGAAACACAAGGAAAACAUCAAUCAAUUACUACACCUUGAAAAUGUAUUAGUUUUUGUCUAUAAAUAUGUAUAUGGAUUAACAUAGGAUGAGAGAUAGUAAUCACGGGGAAUGUGAUUUAUGUUUAAAAAUCAAUAAUAAAGUACACUCUUCGAUAUGGUGUAUGGUGUGAACAAAUACAUAAACAUAUAUUGAUAAAACUUUUUUUAGAUUUUAGUUCUGUCCGAAAGCAGGUACUGAGAUUUGUCCCAUAUAAUGACAAUAACCACUUGUUCGAGAAAUGGGGGGAACUGUUCUGUAAUUUGAUUUUCAAUGCAGAUUAUAAGGUGUGAAGAAUGAGAUGAUAUGAAACAUAUUUAAAAUUGUGCUAUUGUAUCUCUAUAAGAUUGCAAGGUAGCGGUAUGAAAGAUUUGAAAGCAAGAAACAAUGUUUAAAACAUAAUGUACAUAACAGUAUAUAGAUAAGUCUGUGUGGAGUGAAAAUGUUUGUUGAUAUGAUAGUUGAAAUUUAAAUACAUGUUGGAAAUGAAUAUUUAUUAUAGCCUGGUAAUCAUUAUUGAUGAAUACAUGCUCAUUUAUAUAUCUGGGACAAAGAUGACCACUGUGUUGAUGAAAGAUAACUUUAUUUUUCAAAUCUGUUCUAUACUUAUUAAUGAAUGAGAUUGCGUAGCAUGUUAAUGAUAUGUCAAUGUAACUUUGAUUAGGUUGGAAAUAGAUUGUAUAAAACAACAA